AUGUCGGGCAAGGUGGGGAUUGAAGAGCAACUGUGGGGAAUUCACAAGGAGGCACGCGCGUCUGUUUCCAUAUUUACCGUGACCGAAUCAUUCACGUCUUUCGUCUUCCCAACUCCCUCCAUAGGGUGGUCUCAACUUGAUUUGAUGGGCCUCAUCCAGUCUGCACAAAGUCAUGACAAUGCUCAGAAGUGUAUUCCCACCACCGAUGCAACUACGCCGUUGCCGCAACGAGUGGGACAAUAUUGUACUUCAGCGUGGGGUUUUGCCGGCAUUCUGUCUUUCCUCAUUCGAUGGACACCACUUCGCACUCUAUUAGACAAACCUGAGAAUGUGACUGAUGUCUCGGAGGAAUAUGCUGCGUUGCCGACCUCCAUCGAGUUAUGGAAGAGUAAAGCACUCGAUGAGGAUGGAUUCGGGUGGCAGUGGGAAAUAUUGCGCCCUUUCUUUCUUAGGAAGGGUUAUGAUUUGUAUGUCAGUCGAGGCUGCCAUGGGCUCAAGGCUCGCGAAGAUACGGAUCCCGCAGCGAACAGUUUUGAUUUAUAUGGAGUUCGAGAGAAUUUCAGUAAGAAACCACUGUUCGCAAGCUUUCACGCGGAGAUUUGGGGCGCUCGCGACCGAGAAAACCGAGAUGUAGUUAUCAAACCUGUCAGCUACGGUGAUAACCCGAGUAACGAGCUUCAAAUACUGAAGUAUCUGAACUCGGACGCCACAUGCGCCGAACAGAUGACCGCUACAGUGCCUAUUAUUGAGUUUAUUGAACAUUCCGGCUGGACUUUCGCUGUUAUGCCGCGAUGGAGUGAUUCCACGUACCCGGAGUUUGUCAACAUCGGUGAAGUUUUGGAUUGGGCAGUGCAAUUGAUUGACGCUGUCGCCUUCCUGCAUCGCCAUAAUAUUGCACACCUUGACAUUUCUCACGAGAACGUGCUGAUGAACUUCUGGGGCGUUGUUCCGCCGUCAAGAAAUUAUGGCACUCUGGCCCCUGAAUUGCGCAAUGGCUUCCCUGUAAAAUAUGCAGUGAUCGAUUUUGGGCACUCUGUCAACUUUUCUGCAGACUCAGACCCACAGAGUCGCAGAGGAACUUGGCCAGUUCCGAGAGAGCAGAGUGCACCGGAGACGAAACGCAGGACCCCAUUUGAUCCUUUUGCGGCGGAUGUUUAUCAGACCGGACGCACGAUAUAUGGAUGGUGUCAAAAAUUCGAAGAAGAUGUUCCGGAAGUUCUAGCUGUUCUGCAGGACAUGACACGGCGCCGGCCUGAAUACCGACCUACUGCGGCUGAAUCACUUGCGCAGAUGCGGGCGGCUGAGAAGACGGUUCUUCCAGCCACAAAAGUGCGGGAGGUGCCAAUAUCACUGUUGGGUGAAUUUUCUCCUGUACCUUCUCGAAGAAGGAUGUACAUAUAUGGGCAUUCACCGUACUAG